AUGGACGAAUCACCUCAGAUGUUACUGACCGCCAACUUCCUGAAUACAGUAGUGGUUGAAGCCCACAAUUAUGGACAAGUCUUCCAAGAAUUAAACUCAGUAUUUCUGGUUCUAUCUAUCUUGUGGACAGGUCAGUGUCUGUUUGUUGACAAUGGCAACCCUUACACAGAUGGACCACUACGUAUUGGAGAGUUAUCACUAGCGAAAACUAUUGUCAAAAGUCCGCUUCAUAGCAAAGUUUUCUUUCCUCUGAAGCCCGACACAUAUGCGGCGGUAUAUUUUAUCGGAGGCCUGGGAGGAUUGGUUCCGACGGAAACCUAUGAGAUCUUCCUGUCCAAAGUUGCCUCGCAUGGAUUUUUUGUGUUUGGAGUCGACAUAUUAUUUCCAGCUUACUCAGAUUCUAAAAGAGCCUCAAAAUUUCCAGGAAAGCGUACUGAAGGCGACACAGUGGAGAAGCUCUACAGCCAACUAGUUUGGUUAAAGUCUUACAUGCGAAACCAGACAGAAUCGACGAUAGAUUGGAACCAAUUGGCGCUGGUUUGUCACUCGGCCGGAUGUGAUGAAACACUGAGACUGAUCCAUGGAAACCACACAAUGUACACGGCAGCAGCUUUUCUGGAACCCUACAGUAAGAACGCCAAGACACGGAUGACGUUUCAAAUGCCUGCAUUGAUGUACGGAACUGAGCUGUCGGAGGAGGGGGUUCAUUGUGCUGUUAAAGGUUUAGACUGGAACCAAUUCUACAAUGUCUGGCAGUGUCCCAGGAUUAAACUAGAGGCCAUUGGAUUCGGACAUUGUGACAUUCUGGAUCCCGAGGCAUGGGAAGGAUGUCACGUGACCCAUUUCUGUAAGACAACCAAUGAUACACGGCUAGCAGAAUACCGACAGUUUAUCCAGGGCGUGGUCUCCAGCUUCCUCAUGACGACCCUCCAGGGCCGAACUGACGCCAUUUCAUACAUAUCAAAUAUUAACAGCAUUCCGCUUCCCGUCAUGGAUCUGAAGUCUGAUUUCAACUGUUCGUUGAUGAAUUGA